UCCGUGUGUCAUUUUAUCCUUUGUCCUCUUCUUCUUGAAGCUGUUUCUGGCUAUGAUGGCUCCUCAGCAGAUGCAGCAUCUUCUGUCCCCCAACCAGCUGCAGGCUCUGAUCCACCAGAAGCAGCAAGCCCUUAUGCUCCAGCAGCAACAUCUAAAAGAGUUUUACAAGAAGCAACAACAACAGAUCCACCUUCAGCUGCUUCAGCAGCAACCCAGCAAGAAAGCAGAAGAGGUUCCUGCACAGCAGCUUGUGUUCCAGCAGCUACUUCAGCUCCAGCAGCAGCACCUCCUCCACGUGCAGAGACCAAUCCUGUCCUCUCCUGCCCUGUCUCAAGGUCUCAGUCACGCAGAGAUGCAGCAGAUAUGGAAAGAUCUCACAAAUGGAGUAACUGAAGAUAAAACCACAUUGAAGGGUAGUCAGGACUCUUCUGCUAAUGACAUAAUGUCCACCAAAGUCACUGGGAGACAGACCUGUGAUCAGCAGACGACUUCUCGCAAGGCAGAAUGUGCUGUUAAGGCUGAUCGCGCUGCAACACACACUCUCUACAGCCAUGGGGUGUGUAAUUGGCCUGGAUGUGAGUCAGUGUGUGAAAACCUGAGCCAGUUCAUCAAGCACAUGGGCAGUGAGCACACUCUGGAUGACCGAAGUACAGCGCAGUGCAGAGUCCAGAUGCAGGUGGUUCAGCAGCUGGAGCUUCAGCUCCGCAAAGAACGGGAGCGUCUGCGAGCGAUGAUGGCUCACCUGCAUCUGCCGUCUUUAGAAGCUCAGUCGAUCUCAGCAUCCGAAGGUCUACAGUCGCCACAGUCUGAUAAGACUGCUGACCCCCGAAGCCUGCAGCUCAGCUCGGUCGUCGUCACCGACAACCUGCCCUCGCUGAGCCCAUCAGACUCGGAGCAGGCGUCCCCCCGGCCUCAGGCCCGUGUCGGUUCUCCCUCCCAUGGGUGGGAAGAAGAGUCGGCCACUCGUACAUCAUGCGCUGGGCCCAUGAGACGCCAUCAUCCCCCUUUGGUCUACUCGCUGUCUUCAGAAAAUGAAUAUGAGCUCUACAAGAACACAGAUAUUAGACCACCUUUCACCUAUGCCACACUGAUAAGACAGGCUAUUAUGGAAACAGCAGACAUGCAACUAACACUCAACGAGAUAUACAACUGGUUCACGCGGACGUUUGCUUAUUUCAGACGCAACGCUGCCACUUGGAAGAACGCAGUGCGCCACAACCUGAGCCUGCACAAGUGUUUCGUACGUGUGGAGAAUGUGAAAGGCGCCGUGUGGACUGUAGACGAAGCCGAAUACCAGAGGAGGAGAUCCCAGAAACUCACAGGGAGUCCAUCACUGAUGAAAAAUGUGUCCUCCGGCAUGGAUUUUGGGUCCGUUCUGAAUGCCGGUUUACAGACUGAACUGGCUGAGGCAUCGCUGACAGGAUUCAAGAAGGAGUGUGUCAGCAGAAACUCCAGGAGUCAAACACAGGAGAAGAAAGCAACAAACAGCAGCAGCCACAGUCAACAAAACAUCUCUCCACGAGUCCAGCAGUCUCUUUUCCUUCAAGACGAAGUGCUGAGUCUGAAUGACCAAGAAUCUCUGAUGCCAACAGUAAAACCUGCCAGUCUGCAGCACGACGGGACCGAAAAUGACGAAGAACGUUUCUUCGGCCUGGAAUGACAAAAGAAGAGUUGCAAAGCAGUAAAGUAAAACUUUGCUGAGCAUUCAGGGACCACAGUUUAUAUUAUAUGAUCACACGCACAUCAGUGGAGCUUUUCAGUAUGUGUUUCACGUAUUCAUACACAUGAGAACUGAUCUUGUUGUUCGUUACUUAAUUGUUUUCUGCUCGAAUAUUUUCUAAAAAUUGUAAAAGGAUUAAAAGUUAUUACAGUUAAAUAUGAGACUCAAUGAAUUUAAAGCUGUACAGUGUUCACAGCUGAACUUUCCAAGAAAAAAAAACCCCACAAGAAUAUGUACAGUCACAAAUUUAGAAACAAGUUUAGAUCUGAUUUUUGGGAGAAAUUUAACCCUUUUUCACCACCACCAAGCUGACCCCCAAUGAAACAAAGGCCAAAGUGAGUGAUUUAUAUAAAUAUUUGUUAUCAUAUGAUGUAGCACAUUAAAGUUUUGUCGGUUUAUUGUGACCAAGAUGAAGACAUAACGCAGGGUGAAUGAUGUG